UCCAAUAUGGCCGGCUUAUAUUGCCAAGCUUUGUAGAUUUUGAAUAUCACCUAUUAUUAUGCUAUCAGUGUUUAAUAUAUUUGACAGUUCACAAGUUUCGAUACAAAAUAUGCAUUUAUUUAUUACAUAAUUUCGCGAGUAUUUGAUUUACUAUUUAAGAAGAAACAAAUACUCGAGAACACAUCCUUACAGUUUGUAAACAUUUGGUUAUCUAGAAAAUGUUUGAAAGUGAUGAUUGGGAUCUCGAUCAGGAUUUUCUGAAUGACGUGGAUGAUAAAUCAAUCCAACUUUAUUCUGCAACGGACAAUAAUGAAAGCGAACCGAAAAGACGUAAGAUAGACAUUUUUAGUGAUCCCAUUUCUUCAAUUGACAAUGAUGUGUGUGAUGUCAAGAAUGUAAAAAAAUGUGACGAGGAUAAAGUAUCGAGAAAGAAUUUAAUUCUUAGUAUGUUUAACAAGAAUUUUCCAGACAAAAAUAUUUCUCAAAGUCUGUUAAGUAAUUCAAAAAAGUCCACUGAAAAUAAUUCAUUAAAAUCACACUCUGAAUAUAUACAGAGCAGUGAAAAUAGUCAAUUACCUAGGAAAAAUUUAGUGCUUGGAAUACUUAAUAAAAAAAAUGUACAGGAUAAAGUUGCCAAAAAUAAUAUAAAGAAUUUAGAAUCACCUAAGACUGUACCAAAAAUUAAAAGCAAUAGUAACAUUAAUCUACAACAACAAGGAUCUACAUUUCUAAAUAAUAAUAUAAAAUGUCAAACCCCAAAAGAGGACAUUAAAAAAAAAAACUGUUUAAAUAAUGACAACAGUAAACAGAUAUCAUCUGAGCUAUCUAGAAAACAGUUAUUGUGUAACAUAUUGAAACAACGAUCUGUAGAUAAUGCAGAAUCUAAAAAUAAGGCUGCAAUUAAACCUCCACAAGUACAGACGAAUAAAAAGAUGACAAUAGUCAGAAGGUUUCCUGGUCCAGCUGGUUUACUACCCGAUGAUAUAGAUGCCAGUGUUUCUGCUAUUUCAUACUUAAAUAGUUUGGAAGAAAAUGAAGCUGUAGUGGAAACAAACGACACUGAUCUACCUGAAUAUUGUUCUCAAAACACAAAAGAUCUCUUCACAGAAGGUGCUUGGCAGUUGAUGUUAAAUGAUUUGCCAGAUGGGUUUUUAAAAGGAUAUGAAAUUGCUACUAUUAAACAAAUGGCAAAUGCAAAUGGUUACAGUAGCACAAAAAUUGAAUUUUUGGCAGGAAUAGUAGAGCGCAUAGAUCAUAAUCAUGAAAAUCCUCCUAUUGUAUUAAAAGACUUUACAGGUACCAUUCAAGGAAUUGUACAUAGAGACAUACCACUUAAAUAUCCUGGUUUAUUAGAAUCAAAUGUUGUCAUAUUGCUAUGUGAUGUAGGCUUAUUAAAGAUUUCUGGUUCCCUUAUCUCGAAUAAAUAUCAAAUUUUAAUUGCACCUUCAAGUUUGUUAGCUAUUUACUCUAACAAGGGUAAAAUAGAGCGGACACAUUAUAUGGAAUCAGUUUUAGAAGAUGUUACAAAUGGUAAAGUAGAAGAUGAAGAUGAGAUAGAUCAAAUUCUUACAAGAGCUCUAGAAGAAGAAUCAUUAAAAAUAGAGCAUACUAACAACAUUAAGGGAACAAUGAAUUCUACAAAAAGUACACAAGAUAUUAAUACAAAAAGUUUCAGUUGUAGUACAGAUAUAAACAAAACAUUUGGGAAUAUUAAAAAAUCAAUGAAUUUUGAUUCCAUAAAUGAUAUUUCCUUUUCAGUUUCUUCCAAAAAAAUUACAGAUACUCAGAAAAAGGAUUUUACUAGUCUAGAGUCUAAAAUUGUUAAGCAUAUAAACGAAGAAAAGAGGCAAUUAAUAUCAAAUAAAAAGGAAACCGUGCAAAAUGAUGUUCAACAAAAAUCUGAAACUUUAUUACAAUCUUUAAAAAAAUAUUCUCCAAAUGCAAAUGCAAGUAAAAAGUUUUCCCAUAAUUCAAAAAUAUUGCAAAUGGAUGUUGAUCAUCCGGUGUCUGUAAAUACCUGCACAGAAAAUGUUGAAACAAAAAUGUUGAAUGAUAGGGUUCCUGAAAAAAUGGAUGUUGAAGAAAGUGAUGUAAAUAUCUCACAUGAAACAGAAGCUGUGAUCAAACGGUUACAUACUCCUUGCUAUGACGAAGCUGAAAAUAUUCAAUAUAAUACUGUGAAAAAGAAUAAAAUUUCAGUUAGAUCGCGACUAAUGCAGUUUAAAAAUACAAAUACGUUAACCCAAUCACAGAACGCUGAUUCUAAGUCUCUACCAAAUUUAAAGAAUGACAACGAAUUACUUCAAGAAAAUAAACUGGCAAAAAUUCCAAAAUCUUCAUCCAAUGUAACACUUUAUAAUAGUACUGAAAAUGAUUCUGAUGAUGAAAUAUUGUCUCAAUUAGAUAUGGACGUUAUUUUUAGUAAUUAUAGUAAAUAAAAUUAGUUAUUCUUGAUACGAUUUUGUGGAAAAUUUUUGUAUCCAUUAAAAAUCGAGAAUGUAUAAAAGUAGUAGAUCAUAUUUUGAAAUCAUGAGAUUGUGAAAGAUUAAAUUUAUAGUUCUUGCAUCUCGAAAGUUGAACACUAUUUUAAGAACAGUAAGAUGUCUGUAAAUAUUCCUGAUUGAAAGUUUGAAUAAAAAAAUACAUAUAUAUUUUGCAUAAAACACAAGUGCUUUGAAUUCAUACCAAUAAUACUCCAACAAGUAUAAUCUAAAAAUGAACAGAUAUGCUGUAAGUAUUGAUAAUUAAACUUAGCAUUAUUUGAUGGUUGCUCUUAACAGUUUUGCUUUUGGCGAGAACUACAUUAUUCAAAUUAUAUGUAUAUUACGAACAGAUGGGACAUUACAAUUCCAUAUACAAUUUCUAAAUAUCAUCAUAAUAAUACUGGCUAAAUUUGCAUAGUAUAGAUGAAUCAGCCAGCAAUAAGGCCGAGAUAAUUUAAUUGUUAGUGUACCAAUGCAAUUGAAGGUUUUUUAAAGCAUUUCUUCGCAUAGGAGUACCGUAAUAUAGAACGCAAACGAUAGUAUCUACGUACAAUAUUUUUUCUUUCCCAGUAUCAAGUGCCACUGAAAUCUUCAUCGAUUAAGAUCGAAAAAUAACCGAUGAUAUAAUCUAACGACGUGACUCUACGAUCAAAGAUUUCAAACAGCUGAAACAUUGCUUGAUAAGUUAGUUUAUUUUUAUUCGGCGAUUGCUUUGAAAUUAUAUUAAUUCCGUGUCAAGAGGAACAAUAUACGAAAUCUGGAAAUAUCGUAAGAGAUUAAAUAUUUCAAGGACAGACGAAGACACAGACUCGUAUCAGCAAUGAUCUCAAUUUUCCUAACAUUAGCCUGGAUAUCAGCCCUCAUCGAUCACGAGCGUAGGAUCAAUGAUCUCAAAUUCAUAGAUGAGAUCUCCGUGACGUGGUUUGUGUGUACGCCAAUGCGGAUCUAUUGGAUCAACCUUGAUGUACCCUGAUUAUCCGAUGGUACAUCUAGGCGCACGAUCGUGCGAUUAUGAAGUGCAAUUUACUCACAUUAGUUACGUGAGACAGACAUCUAUACGUUACAAUAAAAUCGCACGAUAUACGAGAAUGCGUAUGACAAUAGGUAAAUGAAAACUGGCGGUGAUUCGUGACAAUCACUCGGGCUGAAAACUUGUUUCACAUGUAACGUACGAUACAAUAUUAUUUCUUUACGAUAAAGAAAAUAACAAACAUUAAUUAUUUCACGAUUGAUCUUAUCUAGCGUACUUUGAACUCUAGUGAAAAAUUACAUUGUCGUGAUUAAUGACUCAUCGUUUCUUUUUUAAGAAACUACUUCUAAACGCCCUCUACAUAUAUUCAUAAAAUCUUUCGAUCUACACAACCGACAAUGUUUUAAACAAUACACGAAGAAUUCAUUAUGGGUACUUUAGUAGAUUUCAUAUGAUAAGUUAUCCAAUCAUCUAAAUUGCCAGAGGAGUCACAAAAGAAAAUUACAUUCCAUCAUACAAUUGCAUAAUAUUACACACAGCGUUAGAGGAAUUUGAAAUUAUAAUAACAUUAACAUGCGUUUAAUCGACUUGGGAUUUUUCGUAACUUUGUUUUCCAAUAACGAGACUAUUAGAAGCAUAGACUAGAUUCUUUAAAUUUUGAUUUCCUUCGUCUUUCGAUAAAACGUAUUAUUAAACAAAUAAUAUUUGUACGAAAUUUAGUAUAUGCUUUCUUCAAAAGGCGUCAUUUAGUCGAAGAGACAACAUAACCGUCUUUGUUUGGCGCAAUGCAUUAAAUAAAUUGUCUUGUUGUUUUUUCCAAACAUGAAUUGCGCCAUACGCAAACUUGAAAUGCCAGUUGAUAAGUCGGGGCCGGUUAAGGCAGAAACAAGUCAACAAAUCUCACAAAGGUGAGCAAUGUAAACAACAUGAACAUAUAUAUAUAUAUACGCGUAAAUGAAAGUAUUCUUUUUGUUUUAGAGAGAGGUAAAAGAUUAUAGUGUUGCAACAUACCCUCGACUGAAUUCGAUUUUAAUUCGGUCGCAUUUAAUUUUAUAGCAGACGUUGGAAAUGUUUUGAAAUUCGCGUAGUAAAUGAACAUGUAUCAUUUUAUUAAUAAACAGCAAUAAAUGUAUUUAUAAUUUCAUCGUAAAUUUUUGAAGUCGUACGACUACAUCUAAUCGAUUUUAUGGGUUAUGGCUCUCGAAAUUAACAUUGACAAUCGGUACAUCUGCUUCGAACGACAGUGGGACAUGUUAGACUGUGUGUCUCGAGAUAAGAGAUCAUGUUGAGAAUUCUUUGUUGGCUAAUGAGCAAAGCACAUGACAUCGUUAUCGGACACAUCGUUUUAUCGCAAAUAUCGUUACUCGACUAAUACCUGAGAUCCUGCAUUUUUUUUCUACUUUAUUACACUCGUUUAUGCAACGAACACAAUUAUUCAAUUUGCUUAUCAAUGGGUAGAAAUACCAGUUCAAUGUUUAUUCGUAAAUAAGGGUUUAAGAAGGUUGAUAUUUUGGUUGUAAACAAAGAAUUGGAUACGCAAUGACAAAUUGAAACGGACUGGCUUCUUCUCGUCUAGACUGCGUUUACAUAAAUCCUUUGAACGACUACUCGCGUCAAAAUACUCGCUCGUCGACUGACCACGAGAAUGUUUGUCUUUCUUAAUUCUAGAACGAUAAACACUCUCGAUAUUUCGUCUGCUUCGCAAUAAAGAAGGUUAUGGAGACACGUAAUGCACAAAACAAUUUGAAAUACUUUAUGGUUAUUGUUCCAAGCAUUAUACUGAUAAUCCCUUCUCGAUACUAGUUCGUCGUAAACAUCUGAAAAGUCUUAAUUAUGGAAGAGAAAUAACGUCGGGUCGCGGGCAUCCUUAAGCCGCUAUGAUAAGUGAAAUGCUACGGAUGCUAACCGAUAAAGGAGGAUAACUAACUGUCAAAAUGGAAUUAUAAUUUCACCGCCAUGUUGUCUACGGAAAACUAAUCUGCGAGUCAUGAACAAUGCGUAAAGAGUUAACGAUUACUUGUAAAAAAAUAUUUUACGCGAACGUGGAUGACACAUCGAGGUGAAUUGCUAAUAAUCUUUAAAUAAAUACCAAGAAGUAGUAAUUUCA